UUUGUUUACGCAGAGGUGAGAGGUCGGACUGGCAGAGAUUCCAUAAAGAAUAAUAUAAAUGAUUUAAGUUUCACUGGAAAUUGCCUUUGAAGUUUGAUUACGAUUUUUCUGUAGAAACAACAAAAAUAAUAUAUAGAUAACUUAAUAGUAAAAGAAUUUACCCACAAAAUUGUCGUGGUAAAUUAUACUCAUGGAGCCUAAUAAGAAAACUUUGAAAAUAUUAAAUAUUAUGCUAAUUCUGUUCACAAUUUUCAUAUGGUCAUAUGUUAUCUCCGCUGCUCAAAUGAUUUACGAACAAACUAAAUCGUGUUAAUGACACAAGUUUUAAUGAAUAUAAUUAAUAGCAGCCUGCAGUAUACUACGGUCGCAAUAUAGUCUCAGCAUUGAGCAUUCGAAAUGCGAUUGCAAAAUGCAAUUUAUGCAUUCUUUAGUUAGAUAACAGAAUACAGAUCUGAUGUGACUAGACGUGUUCUUAUCAUUUUAUCAGUAGUUCUGACUUCUGUGCAAGAUUUGCGAUUUGGCCAUCCGAGUCCGAAUUCGAUGGAUUUAAUUCGUCAGUUUGCUGCUUAAGUUCUAUUUAUUUUAUUAGCCCUUAAUAAAUUUGAAGAGUUCUUGAGUUUAACAAUUAAAAAGUGCCGUCAUAUUCCCCAAUCUUCACAACUAAACACGCAAGUUAACAAUCUUCCAAAAUAGAGGUUACGUAAUGUCAUAAUUCAGUAAGUAGAACCAGAAAGUAAUUCGUUGUUAUAAAAUAUAAAAUGCUAUUAUUGCCAGUAUAAAUGAUGAAAACCUGUGGACGGUAAUACUAAUUUAAGAAAUUUCAAUGGAGUUAACAAGUGUAUCUUCAAUUGGUCAAAAAGCAUCAUUUGAUGAUGUCUUUAGCAAUAAAUUAAAAGAUAUUAAUAACAUUUUAACUGCUAUCGAAGGUAAUCAAAUUGAAACCGAGCAUAUUCAAGAUAACUUUCAUGAGACUCUGAAAAAAAUCAAUGAACUCCAAGAAUUUGUUAAUGAUUCGAAGGUAUUCUUGCCAUCAUAUAAUAUGAAAAAAUGUUCAAAUGAGAUUAAAGAAUUAACAAAAUAUUAUGAAAAUUUACACGAUAAAAUACUACCUAAAAAAAAAUUUGCUUUUGGAAAACGUACAACUAAACCUUUAAAGCCAAAAGUGGAAGUAAAUGUUGAACCCGUAAGAGAAUUAUUAGUGUAUAAAGAUGAUUGUGGCUUCAAGAACCGCUCAAAUGAAGUUCUUAAACUCGAAGAAGAUCAAACAUUUUCAAAAGACAUAGUUUUAGAAAAACUUGACAAUUGUAAAGUUUGUAUUUAUGGAAUUCCAAGUACUGUUCAUAUGUCAUCGCUGAAAAAUUGUAAAAUAUUUGCUUUUGCAAGCACUUCAAUUUUUGUUGAUGACUGUAAGAAUACGAUACUCACUUGUGCAUCCCAACAGUUAAGAGUCCAUGACACGAAACUAUGUGAUUUUUAUAUUUACGUUGUUAGUACUGCUAUAAUAGAAAAUUGUAAAGAUCUACGUUUUGGACCCUUGCUACUUAACAGUCCAACUAUUGAAAAAUGUUUUGAAAGCACCGCCUUUGAUAGAAAUAAAAAUAAUUGGAAACUUAUUAAUGAUUUUGAUUGGCUAUCAUCUUAUGAACCAUCUCCAAAUUGGACUGAAAUAUCAGAAAAUGAUCGUAAUCAACCUUCAGUAGAAGAAGAGUAACUAAAAUGUACGAAUAAUAUUUAAUUUAUAAGCCUAUACAAAUUAAACAAAACCUAGUUUACUACACUACUGAUGAUCUUUGGAAAUUAUUAAAACCAAUUAAAAAUUCUUAAGUGUUGCAUUCUUGUUAUUAUAAUCUCUAUGUAUUUCACUAAUAUAAUAAAGCAAUUAUUUACACAUUUGUCAUGAUAGUCUUAAGUAAAUUUUAUUUUUAUACCUCUAGUUAUUGUUAUUUUUGUAUUUCUUACACUUAAACACUUAAUUGUAAUCUUACAUUGUUAACACUU